AUGCGGUCAAAACCAUCAGAUUACCCGGCCUUGCCAUUUCAUAUCAUUCGCAUCUCGGCCUUUAUCUCUUCGUUAAUCGUCGCUAUCAUCCUUGCCGUCUUUAUCUAUCAUCUCCAUGCCGACGGGUACAAAUUACCCUAUGCCUUUCUCAUCCUUCUCAUCGCUGCCCUCCUCUCCCUCGUCAAUGUCAUCCUCACAGCCUUCAUGAACUGCAGUUGCGGCCUCAGCACCAUGUUAUCAAUGGUGAUGAACGCCCUCUGCCUAGUAAUCUGGGCUAUCGGCCUAGGUCUAAUGAGCUACAAUGUAGCACACACAAUCCUCACAUCAUGCUCCACACAAUACUGGGGAAACUCCACUGGCGAAAGCGUGUGUCAGAUGUACAAGGCCGUAUUUGCAUUUACCGUCCUCGCCACAGCAUCCUACAUUGCCUCGGUUGCAUUAGACGGUGUAGUCUGUCGACGCCAGAACCGAUUCGGUGCGUACGGACUUGCAGGACCAGCUGAGGAUAACAUGGAGUUGAAGUUAGCGGGCUCUCGUAAUGAGUCUACCUCGGGUUUUGCGUAUGACUCUGUGCCUCAUCCUGUCGGGCAUGGGUAUGGACAGCAUGGUAGUUUCCCGAAUACUUCUUAUUCGCAUUCCCAAGAGCCUGUUCGUGUUGGUGAGGCUCAGCAAUAUUAUGAUCAAGGUCAUAACCACUCUGCGGCGACGGGUUAUGAUCCUAUUAUGCAUCGUUGA